CGAGUCGCGCGGUUGUGUUCAUCGCUGAUAAUUCAAAUGGGCGGAGAGAAGAGCGCUAUUAAAGAAAGGACGAGCAUACAUACAUAUAUUUAAACACAACCACACACAAGUUGAGAGUAAAAACCUACAAAACGUCAAACGUGCUAACAUAAUAAAAACAAAUCUAGUAAUUUUUCGUGUUUAGUGCCCGUCCUGUUUUUAUUUACUUUGUGUGCGGCAUCAGCGGCAUCAUUAGCGCGUAUCAAUUCAACUGCGAAUAAAGCAAAUCGCGCAGAAUCAUACGAUAUUCUGUAUUCAGCGGGUCGCGACACGGCGACGUCGUACAUAUACGAAUAUAUAAAGCAAAGCAUAUACAAAAACACAGUCGGCGUAAUAACUACAGCAACAACAAUCGGACGUAAACACACAGAGACGCUCGCAUUGGACCGCUCUCCAUGCGCAGUGUUUUUCCCGCAACGAUUGCGGUACAAGAACAACAAUAAAAACCACGACGCAGAACAGUAUCUUGGUCGGCGGCAACUUCGUUGGAAAGGUGAAGGGCAAACGCGAAACUUGCACGCAUUUCCGUUCAUCACUUACAUAAGUGGGCCGGGGAAGGGACAGAGGGAGCCGACUCCGACGGGAGACGGGAAAAGUGCAUGCAGCCACAACAAUGAUAUCAACGGUUUUGAACUUUGCUCAGGCCGCGGCUGAGAUUUCCUUGCUUGGAGGCAUCGAAAUUGCAUCAGUCGCACUUAUUGUCUAUUACAUUUUCGCGAAAACGAGAGCACCCGCUAUCAUUGCCAGUUUAUUUCCUAAUUUAAAUUUGAGCUAUCGUUCGUCGCUUGUAAAGUUCAACAGCAUUAGCAACGAUUUGCUGGUCACGCUACGCUCAUCAAACGAUGCAAAACCACAAACCUCUCUGGCACAUGGCGUCGGUACACAAAAUAUGCUACAACUCACACCACAUUCCGGUUGUAAGCCCUACAAGAGUAUUUUUGACUGGGGUGUUUUGUUUCCAUAUUUCGCUCAGGUUGUGCGCAGCGAGAAAUUUGACUAUCGUCAGGUCACCGAAAUUGUGCACAACGACUCAGUUCUAAAAUAUGCAAUCAAACAAGCUGCCGAACAGGCACUCCGCGAGCAACGUUAUGCCAAAAACGGUCAUCGUUUGCUAUCGCGUAGCAUCAGCGGCGAUCAGGAUAAUUUUAAUAAUACCGAAGAUGCACAGGAGGGCAUAUCAUAUCAGAAUAUAUUGCGCGGUCAGGAAAUGCGUGCUAUCAGCAUACUGAAGGAGAUGGGUUCGACUUUAAACAACAUUCUGUUGGCUGUCACUUCGUGGUUGUUGUACAAACUGUUGCCUUGCUUCUUGUCCGGUGUCGUUACGCACACUAAGCAAAUUGAAAUGCUCAAAUCCGUCUCGGAAAGUUCGCCGGGUACGCCGCUAAUAUUUGUGCCCUUACAUCGUAGCCAUUUGGACUAUAUUAUGGUUACCUUCAUAUUGACGAAUAAUGAUAUACGAAGUCCAUUGGUAGCUGCCGGCAAUAACUUGCAGAUACCUAUUUUUGGUUCGUUGCUGCGUGGUCUGGGUGCGUUCUUUAUCAAGCGCAAGAUUGAUCCCGUCGAGGGCAAAAAGGAUGUACUAUAUCGCGCCGCCUUGCAUUUAUAUUUGACGCACGCUUUGAAACAGGGACACAAUGUGGAGUUCUUUAUCGAGGGCGGACGCACACGAACCGGUAAACCGUGUAUGCCUAAAGGUGGAAUUUUGUCAGUCAUUGUAAACGCAUUUAUGGAUGGCAGCAUUCCGGAUGCGUUGCUGGUGCCUGUGUCAGUAAAUUAUGAGCGCCUGGUCGAUGGUAAUUUUGUGCGCGAGCAAAAGGGCGAAAAGAAAAUACCCGAAUCCUUUACAAAAGCUAUAUCGGGAAUAUGGAAAGCUUUGAAUUCAAAUUAUGGGCUGAUGCGCAUCGACUUCAACGAACCAUACUCUAUCCGCGAAUUGGUAAACUCUUACAACAAAAUUGCCAAAGACGGUAGCGCAAAGAUCUACAAACCAGCCUCCAGAACUUUGCAGCAUAAUCAAUCAACGUCAUCGCUCUAUGGCACUGAUGUUGUAUGCGAAGAACAUCGGAAUCUCAUCGAGAGUAUCUCGCGUCAGGUAGUAUUCGAUUGUGCUGCUGCCACGUCCGUCAUGUCGACAAAUGCUUUGGCGUUUUUGCUUCUCACGCGUUAUAGAAAUGGUGCCGAAGAGCGACAAAUUGCUGCUGGUCUCGAUGACCUGCGCAAUUCGCUUGCCGGCUGUAAGGAUAUGGGCUUUUCUGGUGAAUCGUUGCACAUUAUCGCCUAUGCAUGCGAUUUGUUGGGCUCAGGGUUGAUAUCACGCACCCGGGACGAAAAUGGACGGAUCUUUAUACGCGCAGUACCCACAGUGGAAAGUUUCAUUGAGCUAGCUUAUUACUCCAAUAUGCUGACGCCACACUUUGCGUUGAGAUCGAUCCUGCUAACAACGUUUCAUGCGUUGUUGUCCGACCGUGGAGAAAACAGGCAAUGUGAUAAGGCAACACCGGGUGUAUCGACCAAAAAACUGAUCGACACAGCUAUUGAGAACUGUCAGGUCUAUCGCUAUGAAUUCAUAUUAAACAAACCGACCCAAGAAUUGGAGGAUUUGUUACACAAGCAUUUGGAUGAUCUCGUCAUAAGCGGUUACAUGAACACGGCGUCAAAUGAGGAUAAUGGGGUAGAUAGUAUGGAGUGUCGUCGCUUAGCACGGUCCGUAGCCUACUAUCUUGAUUGUGACGAUGAUGAUUAUGUGAAUAUAAGGGACGAUGAGAGAGCAGACUGUUUCCUAGCCAGUGAUACUUUGGACCAGCAACGUUAUAUUUGCGAAAUACUCGCACCAUUUGCUUGUACAUAUAGUGCUGUAGCACAAGCGCUAAAAAUAUUAGAUCGCAAUUCCAUGCUGGAGUCGGAGUUUAUUAGUUUUGUCAUUAACGAUCUGUCCAACAAGGUCAAGCGCGGCAGUUGUGCUUAUGCUGAAAGCAUUUCCACCGACUCUGUGCGCAACUGCUUGAAAUUACUCGAAAAGUGGUCUGUGAUUGAGGUAUGCAACCAACGCGGGAUGCGUUUGAUCUCGUUGAAUACGCUAUACGAAAUGUCUCGGGAGUCGCUGAACACAAUUAUAAAGAAAAUAGAAGCUGUUGUGCCAAAGUUCAACACGGGUUACUUCCAGUCUAAAGGAACAACGAAACUACAGGGCAGUGCGGUGAUCGCGUCACCUUAAUAGUCUCCUCUUUUAUUACUACAUAUAUACUAUAUAUAUAUAUUGUUUUAUUUUGUGCACUUUUUUCGUUAUAUAUAACACUGAAGCGUUAUAUAAUGUAUAUCAAACAAAUAAGUUUAAAGUGCAUACUUUUACGCCUAAGUUACACAUUAUGGUCUAGUUUUAGUGUAUGCCAAAGUGCUUCUAAUCCAGAGGUAAAAAAGAAAUAAUUUUUUAUAUUUUUCUAUGUGUGUAGCUAUGAAAGCCGUAAAAAUGAACACGCCAACAAGAAAACAUAAUGUUUAAACCAAACCAACGAAAUACUGAACUGAUUUGAGAUUAAAGUUAAAAAAUGUAA